AUCCAGUGUAGUUUAGAGUUGUUUUUAUGGUGUUAAUUUUUCUGAGUUAAAAAGUGUUGAUUCUGGUGUUGAUUUGAGUGGCAUCAACACUUCCAGAGUGAAUCAGUGGUCGGAGUCAGCGUAAUUACAGCGAGUUGACAUAAUUGACACUGGUGAUGAGUUGAUCUGAUUUCCGGUUCUUGCACAUCGUUUCCUUUUUGAUUAAUGGCGGAUGAUCACGAGGAGAGGAGAGUUCAAACCGACCAUCGAUAGGAUCUCGCGGCCGUUUUGCUAGUUCGCUGGCAAACUGAGCUUUCAUCAUGCUGGUUAAAGUUCAGUAUCAAGGUGUAAAGAAAUUUGUGAAAUAUCUCAGCGAUUCUACGUUCCAAGAUUUUCUCAAUGAAGUUAAGGGCAAAUUUGGCUUAGCCAGAACUGCAGCUCUUCAAGUCUUUGAUGACACCGACACCAAUGUGGAAGAGGACAUCUUCCAUGAAUUGAUCGAAGGCAGUCCACAUUUAUGCCUAACUGUAAGAUGUCCGGAAGAAAAUAUUUCUGCCGGUUUGUCUGAGGAGCCCGAGAGCGCAGUGGAAAAUCAAACAGCAAUGGUCAGCAACAGUUUUAACAUAGACGCUGAAAAGGCAAAACGGACUGUCCAAGAUGCACUGGAAAAAAAAUCUGGUGGUGAGGAAGUGCUUGAAGAAUACCAGACAACAAAAACUUUAAAGCACAGCACCAGACGUCAGCUUGUUAAUAUUGUUGUCAGUCACAUGACAGAAAUUCAUGGGAGGAUCCCCACCCGCAAACAGCGGGAAACUUAUGCUUUGGGCAUUAUUUCUCUCUUUCCUAGCCUGAAAGACCCAUUUUCAGCAAAGGGCUAUGAGCAUUUCUACGAUCCGGAAAAGGGAACGGGGUUCAUCUCCUGGCGCCUUAAAACUUUGUCGAGGAAAAAUCCAAAACGUGUUCGCUUAGAGAUGUCUGAAAGUGGAGGACCAAGUCGACGAAGGAGGAUAGAUGAUGUGCAACAACUUGAAGGAGAUGCAUGCAGAGAGGCAAUUUCUUUCCUUGUCCACACAGCUGAUGAAACUGAAGUAAUGCAGAAGAUGAAGGAAACUUUUAAGCAUAGACAAGAACUGGUCCAUAAUCCUGACCGAUCAGCUGACGUCCUUGAUGUUUUCCCAAGAUAUUUGGAUGUAAAAGGAUUGAUAAAUCAGGACUUUGCUCUGCUGUUCAAUGCUGAAACAUCCAACAAGUUUCUUAAGAGGUGGGAGACUGCAUUCAAGCAAAAGAUCAUCAAUGAAGCCAAGUCUCUUACUUCAACAGCAGAAAUUCGGUGUCUUCUCAAUGCUGCUGGUGGACAAGGAUCUGAAAAUGAUUGGGACAGUGACAUGUCAUCUGUCCUGCUGCUGUUGCAUCUUCUGCCUCCUCCACCAGGGAGGAAGAAGACUAAGAUCAGUCCAACAGAGGCAAUUGACAGACUUGUGCAUUUUCAUAAGUCCUGCACCAGUAUUGAAGGCCAUCUCAGUGGGAGGGAGGGCCACCAGCCAUUUCUACUGGGAUCAGGAAGGAUCAAGGGCAGGAUCGAUCACUUUUACGUUGUUGUGGACAAGCGUCUUAUCCCUUGCUCUGGAACCAGCUCCUUAAGUGCCUUUGAUGAACUUUUCAAAGUUCACUAUGUCUUCAACUUGUCCUACGAGGAAGCCCUGGUCAACUUCUUUACCUUCCUGCAGACCACAGUUUACAACAUAGACGUUGGUCUUUCAAGUGAGUCUCCCAGAGUAAGGGAACUGCGUGCAAAGCUUUUAAAUUAGUUUAAAUGUUGAAGUGUUUCAUCUGUAAAAUUUUGCAUGGAAACAGCCACUCUUUGAUAGCUCAUUUAAGAGUCACACACAGUUUCUAUCCUUCGUUAAAGUUUAAGUUGUUGUGUGCGCAAGAUGGCUGUAGUCGGCAGUUUUGCUCCUAUUCUGGGUUUCGAAAGCAUUUGAUCCGUUUUCAUGCUGUUGAUGGCAAUCCCGCUUUUGAUUUGUCUUCAGGUGAACAGUCGCCUCAAAAUGUUUAUAAUAAUCAGCCAAGUUCUUUGUUUGUUGGAGAAAGUGAUCCCCAAGUUGCUCUCAUUGAGAAUGUUACCUUUUCCAGGAGAGAGACUGAGAAUGAAAUUCCUGUUUUCAAUCAGAUUCGAAAAAUACUCUUCAUUGACAGCACUGUGUAUUUUAUUGUCGACAAACUUUUCAC